AUGCGUAUCUUCAGUCUCUAUAUCCUCAAUAAGGCAGGCGGUCUAGUUUUCCAAAAGGAUGUCAAUCCUGGAAUUGCCAAACUCACAGCGAACGAUUAUCUUGUCUUAGCAGGAACGCUACAUUCUGUCCAUGCCAUUGCCACGAAUCUAAAACCUGCUGAAUGUCGUAGUCUCAACGAAACCGCACAAACUGUCAAUGGACAAAUCUUGAGUUCAGGCAAGGCCUCCACACCAAACGUUAACAAUCUGGGGCUCCAACAUGUAGACACUGACUACUUCAGUUUGUAUGUAUUUCAAACUCUCACGGGUAUUAAGUUUGUGCUAGUGACUAGUCCGGUGGCUAAACAAGACCAUUCUCAUGAGAGUCCUCUCUCGACCAAGGGCGAGCUUCGAAAGCAAUACGAGUUGGUGGAGGAGUAUUUCAAGCAAUUGUAUGUGUUGUACUGUGAUUAUGUGAUGAAGGAUCCUUUCUAUUCUACGGAUAUGCCCAUCAAAAGCACACUUUUCGAGGCGAAAAUAAAGUCAGUUUGUGAAGCAUAG